AUGGACGAAAGCCGUAAACGCAUGAAACCUCAAGCUCUCGAGUCUCGUACUCCAGUACAAGAUAAAGUAUCAAGUGUUCAAGACGUGAUGAAAACGGUAGCAGCAGCCUGGGAUUCCAACGAUAGAUAUCGGCGUCGAAAAAAACGGGAACAAAUCCACGAAAUUGUCGCGGCUCAAGCGGCAUUCCAAGCAAUAGAAGACCAUCAAAAGACAGUGGAAGAGCAUCAGGAGAAGAAGAAGAAGAAGAAGAAAGUGGGAGAAGAGAACGAGGUGUUGGAGCAAUUGAAACACGUGAAAUCGAAUGGUGUAAUGACGUUAAACUCUCCGAUACAUUCGGGGUUAAGACGACACAAGACAGUGGCGAUUGACCCGACUCCAGAGAAGAAUGGGGCUUCUGUAAUCAUGGCAAUGAAACCAAAGAAAAAUGUAGCCAGGGGUAUUGCUCAGAGCAGUUCAUCUACAUCAACGCGAAAGCGUAUGAUCUCGUUCUCUCCUGAACGUGCCCCACGACCAGAAAAUCGAGCAUUGGCUUUGAAAAAGCUCGAGAAAAAUCUCAAGACUCAUGAGAAACUACAGCAACGGUUAAAAGCACCGACACCGGUGAAAGCAUCUGCACCGUCCACACAAAUGUCAUCUCCUGCAGUUGCAACUCAGACACGUCGACCGAUCACGUUCACAAGUCCAACGACACGACGGGCAAUGACAUUUCAGAGUCCUCAAGCACGACAACCGAUGACGUUCACAAGUCCGUCAUCGCAAAGGCCGGUUUUUCAAAGUCCCUGUACUGCUGCGUCCUGUUCCUUUCCACUAAGUCAAACAGAGGAACUUGAGUACGAUGCGACACCACGUGAUCAAGCUAAGGAAGUGGAUAUAUUGUUGACGGAAGACUUGGUUCCUUACGUGGACUUUGAAUCCGACGUCGUAGAAGAGAAACCAUGUGUCGAGAUAGAGCGAAGUGAAGGAGUUUAUGCUGCAGGAAAAAAGAAGAAGCAGCGCUCAUGCACUCACAGGAUGAGUUGUGACAAUAGCAAAUCUUACGCUGAAGCAAGCGCAAUGUCAGCUCACAGUGACAUUUCCUCGGGCUCGUUUACAAGUACUUCAGUGAUUGAAGACGUCGGUUUAUUUAAUUGCGAGACGGAUGUGGAGUAUACAGGUGGAGUCUACGGCGAAGGAACAGAUGGCAAGGUGACGGCUGCUGUAAUAAACGGACAAAAGGUAGCACUCAAACGUGCUAAGCCGCACGAUGGUUUUUCUGAACAUGAAGCGAAGCGCCGCACCGCGUUCGAGCUAUAUUAUUUACGCCGAGUGCGUCAUAUGAAAGGUUUCUUACAGUGUCUUGGUCUGUGUGAUGCCAUCGAACACACCUGCAUUGCGCUGGAAGUGAUGGACUGCAAGUUGAGCGAUUACUUAAGACGAUAUGGUGUGAACUCGGGCGGGUCGAAGCACCGUCGCUAUACUUUGUCAUUUGAUGACACGAAGGCGAUGCUAAAACAGAUUUGUUUGCCUAUGAUUACACUUCACGAAGAUACAAACGUCGCUCACGGUGAUCUAGCGUGUCGGAACAUCCUCAUGCGUACACCGCCAGAGGGAUAUGAGCAGAGCUGGGAGCCAGACAUUAAGCUUUCAGACUUUGGUCGUAUUAAACUACCCUCAGAUGAACCUAAAAUACUGGACAGUUCGUUCAGUUUCCACAAGAAUUGUGAUGUCGGUGCGUUCGGACGAGAAAUUCUGUAUCGAUUGCUAGUUGGCGAGAUUGUCCCGAAAGAGUACGUAGAAACGCGCAGUUUGCACAAGUUGCUACAAGACGUUACCGUGACACAAGUGCCUGAGACUGCAAAGGCUCGACUAGGGCCGUAUUUCAGUUUGUUCAUGCGCUGCACGGCGUGGGGGGUGCGUCCAACGUUCCGUGAAAUCUAUGAACAUUUGGAUGACCUAGAGCACUUUGAGAUUUCCGAAAACGGGCUCUUCCCGCUCAAACCAACCAGCACUGACUCGACCUUCAUGUCACCCGUGGUCGAAGGUAGUCGUCACAAGACUUCUACAUCCAGUGCUUCAAGAGCAAACAAACGCCAUACUCCAACAGGUCCCGGCCACCUUCCUUCAGGACCAAAGUCGCGGCUGUUCUCUUCCAAAAGCUUCACCGAAGCGAGUGGUCCAGGCCCGAAUAAGCCUGUGAACUGGCUGAAAACACGCUCGGUGGGAGUUCAGCGAACUGUUCCGCAACAAGCGCUAACGCCAAGCGCUCUUCCGAUGUUAAUCAAGAAGAAGAAGAAAAAGACACCACCGUCAGCUAGCGCGGGUGCCUCGCGGCGCUCCCUCCAAAUUCUUAACCAGAUUCAACAUCGAACGAUCGAAAAGGGCCGCAAGUCGACCUGA